AGCACGGACAUCUGUUUUGGUGGAAAAUAUUGGUACAAUGUUUACGUUAAUUGGAUCGGGAACGUGGAAAUAUUGUUCCAGGAACAAGCUCUUCAAGGACACAUAUUUUGCAAAUACCGUAGGGCCAACGCCGAGAAUCUACUCAAGUCCGCCAAAGAAGAAUGUUUAUGUAUACCCUAACACAACGCCGACUUACAAAGUGGGCGAGAACAGGCGAUACUCACCAUUCCACUGGAAGAAACAGUCUACUGCUGAAUGGGUGGUGGCGCGCGUCGAUGACAUCCUGAACUGGGGAAGGAAAGGCUCCCUCUGGCCUCUCACCUUCGGGCUGGCUUGCUGUGCGUUAGAGAUGAUGCAUUACGCAGCUUCUAGAUACGAUAUGGAUCGCUUCGGCAUGGUGUUCCGCGGUACUCCGAGACAAACUGACGUCAUCAUCGUGGCAGGCACCGUGACCAACAAGAUGGCUCCCAUCCUGCGCAAGACUUACGACAUGAUGCCCGAGCCGAGAUUCGUGGUGUCGAUGGGCAGCUGCGCCAACGGCGGAGGAUAUUACCACUAUACGUACUCCACCGUCCGCGGAGCUGACAGAAUAAUACCAGUGGACAUUUAUGUUCCCGGCUGUCCCCCAACGGCUGAAGCACUCCUGUACGCGAUGCUGCAACUGCAGAAGAAAGUCAAAAGGAUGCGCCUCGCCCAGACGUGGUACAGGCAUUAGGCCCCGACUACAUGUCGACUUGCAACAUACUUAAUAAAAUAUUUAAAUAUAAUAAUGUUGAUGAUAACGGAAAUAUUAAAUGUAAUGUGCUAGCA